ACUGUAUGUUUGAAUUGAUUUUUGUUUUAACAAUAUGAAAUUAAAGUAAAAUGCAAUUGUAAACUUCAUUAAUAUCAUCAACUCCACGUCCUCUACAGUUUAACUGAGAUGGAGAUAUUCAGAAUGGGGUCUAUAUAUUUACAUGCAUUGAUUUCAGUCAGUCCCCACAUAUUCACUAUUGCUUUUGCAUUUUGUAAUAUGGCUAGUAACAAGUUGAAACCAGUGUUAAAGUACAAGAGUUUUACAGAAGUAAAUCAGCUAAGUGCAAACGAACUUAAAGCUGUGUGUGUAAGAAAUCACAUCUCGAACACUUUGCCAAGGACAGCCCGUGUCAUUUUCUUGUGUCACAUUUUAGGUCUUAGUACCACUGGAUGUGCUUCACCUGACCGUGGAUUUUUGAGCAUAGGAGAGGAGCGACUUACUGCAGAACAGAUAUUGACACUUUGCAAGCUUACCCCAUUGAACCUUCUCCGCCUCAAGUCAUGGUCUCGUGACAUUUCAUCGCUCCCUGACAUCGACGAGACUGUGGUGAAGAAAUACCUCCUGGGAUGUAACAUUUUAGAGAAGAGUCAACUCAAGACGUACAAACUUUCUCGUGCAUAUCAGUUGAAGGACAAUAUUCACUCAGUUCUUGUGACACAACAUCCUGAAUAUUCAGAUUUCUAUUGCAUCCAGGCAAGGUGCAAUCCCUCGCAAAGCACACAGGCAGAGGAUGUUAAAGUACUUCACCUGGUGCUCGACAUCGUGACUGGAGACCCCUGUUCAGCAUAUUGCACUUGUACUGUUGGAUUCACCCAGGCUUGUGGCCACAUCGGAGCUGUGCUGUGCCUCUUGGCGAAGUGGCAGGCGCAUGGAGUCCAGACUGCCCCUGGUGAAGCUGCCUGUACGGACAAGCUCUGUCCAUGGAUUGACCCGAAACCUGCAACCGUGAAACCCAAGCGAUUCCAGGACAUAGGUAACCAGGAUCUGACGAACAAGAGGAGGAGAACUUCAGAUGAUUAUGGGUCCAUUGUUACUAAUGGAUUCAAGCCUCUCACCGCUGAGCAAGCUCGUGACUUCAGAGAAGCCCUGAUCAAGGCAACCAGUCAUCUUGGAUGGGUCUGCCCCUGGGCGGUCGCCCUUGACCCAUCCAGGUUUCCCGGCUUAGUCCAACCUGGUUCUGCUUUAUCAAGCCUGCCUCCAACUGCCAGCCUUCUUUCUCCGGACCUCGCCUACUCUUUUGAAGUCACCGUCAUCAGCCAACCUCUGCCUAUCGCCUUCCUACCUCACAAGACUUUCACAGAUGCAACACAUCCCUCUUUCCUGUCAGAAGUUGAUGCCUUCAUUUCAUCAUUUCCCUAUUCUACAUCUGAUCUGCAGCUCAUCCCCUUGCUCACUCUCGGACAAAGCAACAACCUGGAGUGGUUCCGGCAGAAGUAUGGCAGUUUGACCUCCAACUUGGUGCCAACCCCCCAUCAGCGCUCCACCUCAGCACCCAGCUUAAAGUAUGGAAUACGCUAUGAGUCGGUGGCCCGGAACGCCUAUGUGUCUCGCCGGAAGUUACAACACAGGUCUCUGGAGGUGAAGGAGACAGGACUUCAUGUACACCCGGACUACCCCCACCUCCGAGCCAGCCCUGAUGGUAUUGUGUCCUGCGGAUGCCACACAACAACCAUCCUGGAGAUCAAGUGUCCAUUUUCAUCCAGAGACAUCAGUGUCAGGGAAGCAGUACGGACCAAGAAGCUAACCUACCUGGAGCUGCUUCCCCGACUUUUCUCUGAGGUUGAAGCAGGACACUGA